AUGAAAAACAUUCGAGAAGAAUUGAUAACUUGCAUAAUUAAUGAUAUUUACGCAAAUGCUCAAGGUGAUGACUGGAAUGAAAUUUAUGAAGAACUUAUACACGCAUUAAAGAAUAGAACUGAAUUAAGUGAAGAAGAAAAAAAAUUUGCUAUAAAUGAAUCUACAUGGGAUAAAAACUUUUUUAAUCUAACUAAAAAAGGCCCAAAGUAUAUUUGCUCGACAUGUAAAAAACUUGGAUACACUAUUGAUGAUUGUGAACAUUGUUUAAGAGAAUGUUUAAGAAAAGACUUUAGUAAUUGGACUUCAAAUAAUUCAAAAAUUGAUGAGGCAAUUCGAGAGGCACAGUUACAAAUGCCUUUACCGCGUGCGCUGACUGAAUGGAUACCAUAUAUUCACCUCGAAAAUAUAGAAUUCUUCAAGCAAGGCGGAUGUUCAUCUAUUUAUACGGCUACUUGGACAAAAGGGCUUAUUACUUCAUUUGAUAAAAAGUUGCAGAUGUUCGAACGAUCCCCAAACAUCUCAGUUGUUUUAAAAUUUCUUAAAGGAUCAGCCACUGCUAAUGAUCGACUUAUAAAUGAAGUAUGA